GCCCGAAGUCCGUUAGAACAGCUGGAAUUGAUUCUCAACUUGACCGGCAGCCCAAGUCCUGGCGAUUUGGAACACUGCCACCCGGAUGCUUGUGCUUUUGUCCUGUCCGCACGGUCACGUCACGCGAACACUUCGAUGCUGCACGCCCUAUCACCUGAUGUGGACGAGAUGACGGUCCAUCUCCUGAGUAGUAUGCUCAAAUUCAAUCCGCAUAAACGCAUCUCCGCAACCGAUGCAUUAAACCACCCGUUCCUCGAAGAGGCUCGUUUGCGUUACCAUUCAUGUAUGUGUUCCUGUUGUCACGACGUGGUGCCCAAAACAUCAAAUGGUCUGGAUACAUCUGAACUGACCGGAGCAUUCUGUCGCGCACCCUCACCUUCCACAUCGUCUUGCGCUUCCUCGACCCCAUCCACGGAUUCUGCGCCCAGUACGCCGGGAAAAUUCAGUUCACGUUACGAAGCGAAAACAGCGGCCAACGCACUUCUGUCUAGCUCGUGUAGCACAUCGUCCGGGUCCAGUACUGUGGCACGGCGGCGGUAUUGUCGUGAUCUGGAUCCGGUUUGUCCCAUUCUACUCCCCCUCAACUUAGACGCCGGUUUGCGUCAGAUGUCAGAUCCGAAGGGUGCAUUGUGGCAAUGUAUUUACGAUUAUUUCCGCCAAGACAAUCGCAAUGCCCGAGUACUGCUCAAUCGCAAUGCUGUGAAUUAUGCGAAUUUCAUCAAUUCUUCUGUUGCCCAAGCCAAAGAAGUUCCGGCCAGUCACAGAUGGCAUUGA